CUCACGCCAUCGACCAUGUCGCUAUCGACUUUGCCUGUGAUUUGCCAUCGCCUCGACCUUCCAGGGCCCCGGCCUGGGUUGAUAUGAGAUUAGCCGUGUGCAGGGUAACUUGAUAAGCGUGCCCUCCCCCCAUCGGCCUCAUUUCAUUAGCAAACUGAAACCCUCGUGGCCACAGCAUGCGUGUCGAUCAGUCGUCGCAGCACCCCUCGCUCUCCAUUUUCAUUCGCAUCGACUCCGCACCGCCGGCAGACGUACCCAUGCUUCAAUCUCCCGUCCUUAUCAUCGGCGCUGGCACCUGGGGUGCGUCGACGGCCCUCCAUCUGGCCCGACGCGGCUACACCAAUGUGACCGUCCUGGAUGCCUACCACCAGCCCUCCGCCAUUUCGGCCGGCAAUGACGUGAACAAGAUAGUCUCUUUCACGGACCCCCCCGCUGAGGACGACCCCAAUUUCGUCAACAAGACGUUUUUUGCUGCCCUUACCGAAGGGUUCCAGCAUGAUCCGGUGUUCAAACCCUAUUUCCACAACACCGGGAAUAUCACUGCGGCCUUUUCCCCCGGUGGUCUCAAGCACAUCGGAGGGCGCGACCGCGGCCCCGGCAUCGUGGAGUUAAACGACCCGGAGGAUUUCCGGAAGGCAUUUCCCUCGGGUAUUCUGACGGGUCCCCUGUCCGGAUGGAAAGGCUAUUGGAAGAAGACAGGGGCUGGAUGGGUACAUGCCCGGAACGCCCUCGUCUCUGCCAUCACCGAGGCCCAACGGCUCGGCGUGACCUUCAUCGGAGGGGACCCUGAAGGUAAAGUUGUGCGCUUAGUUUACUCAUCCAACAAUGAUGUUAUCGGGGCUGAGACAGCAGAUGGAAAACAACAUCUUGCUUCCAAAGUGAUUCUUGCUGCGGGUGCCAAUGCGGACCAGUUCCUCGAUUUCAAGAAACAGCUUCGGCCGACCGCCUGGACGCUGGCUCACAUCCGCAUGUCACCCGAGGAAGCCGAGGCAUACCGCAACUUGCCUGUACUAUUUAACGCGGACCAGGGCUUCUUCAUGGAGCCAGAUGAGGACAAGCAUGAACUUAAGAUUUGUGACGAGCAUCCAGGGUACUGCAACUGGAUCGUUAGUCCGGAUGGCGAGCGUCGAAGUGUUCCCUUUGCACGUCAUCAGAUCCCCCUUGAGUCGGCCGAGCGCAUCCGCGGCCUCCUGAGAGCAACAAUGCCUCAAUUAGCGGACAGGCCUUUUUCGUUUGCCCGAAUCUGCUGGUGCGCGGAUACUGUUGACCGGAACUUUCUCAUUGAUUAUCAUCCCGACCACCCCUCUUUACUGCUUGCCGUUGGUGCGUCUGGUCGAGGAUUCGCUCAUAUCCCUUCAAUUGGUGGAUUCAUUGUCGACCGGCUGGAAGGAAAGAUGGAUCAGAGAAUUGCUGAUGCAGUCCGUUGGCGACCCGAACAGGCAGUAGAUCGGGACUGGGAUGAUACGCAGAACCGAUUCGGGGGAGACUAUAAGGUGAUGGACUUUCAGAAGGUCAAGGGGUGGACGAAUAUACAAGAGUCAUAGGCGGCUGUCUAGUUCCCGAAUGUAUGAUACUGAUGAUUGGGAUCUUUUCUCUAUAGACGUGUUCAUUUGGAAUAGACCAUUCUUUUCACAUAG